GCGCAGGCGCAGACGCCAGGGCCCAGCGCCGAGGAGGGGCGCGCGCAGGCGCAGAGCCCCCGCGCCAUCUCCAGCACCUGCGAGGCGGUCCAGGUCUCUGCUGUGGCCACCUGAGCCUGCAGGAUGUUUCACGGGAUCCCAGCCACUCCUGGCAUGGGAGCCCCUGGAAACAAGCCGGAACUAUAUGAGGAAGUGAAGCUGUACAAGAAUGCCCGUGAGCGAGAGAAGUAUGACAACAUGGCCGAGCUGUUUGCCGUUGUGAAGACGAUGCAGGCCCUGGAGAAAGCGUACAUCAAGGACUGCGUCACCCCCAACGAGUACACGGCGGCCUGCUCCCGGCUCCUGGUCCAGUACAAAGCUGCCUUCCGGCAGGUUCAGGGCUCAGAGAUCAGUUCCAUUGAUGAGUUCUGUCGCAAGUUCCGCCUGGACUGCCCGCUUGCCAUGGAGAGGAUCAGGGAGGACCGGCCCAUCACCAUCAAGGACGACAAGGGCAACCUCAACCGCUGCAUCGCUGAUGUCGUCUCGCUCUUCAUCACGGUGAUGGACAAGCUGCGCCUGGAGAUCCGCGCCAUGGACGAGAUCCAGCCUGACUUGCGGGAGCUGAUGGAGACCAUGCAUCGCAUGAGCCACCUGCCCCCUGACUUUGAGGGCCGCCAGACCGUCAACCAGUGGGAAAGACGGUACCCAGGCUGCAGGGAGAGGGCCCAUCAGAUUCCGGGCAUGGACUGUGCUGGGCUGGAUGCAGCGAGAGUGAGCCUGGGCCUGAGCACCUGGGGGUCCGAAGAACUCAUGUUGCAACAUGGACCCCUGGGGAGCCAGGGCUCUGAGGUGAUCAGGGGGGCCUGUUGUGCACGUAGCUGGACGUCAAAGGCUGGAGUUCCAGAGAGAAGGGUGAAGGCCGGGGUCUCCUAUCCUGGGUGCCAGGAAUUCUGCCCGAGGUGCAGGACUGGCACUUCUGUGUUUGGAGGCUGUGGAAAGAAACACGAACACAGGAGCUAAAGAACCGGCGACCAGAGCCUGUGGAGCAGACUGGGGCCCCAGGCUUGGAGGGCGGGGGUCCGGGUGGACUGAGACUGCAGAAGCACUGCUAAGUCUGACCCAUGGGGCUCUUGGUGACCUUCAGGAGGGCAUGGGUGGGAGUGAGGCUUCAGGGGAGGCCGCUCGACGGGUGCCAGAGUGCUCCAAUCUGCUGGGAGGGAGCUGAGGGGGCAGAGGGCCAGGGAGGGCUGU